CAGCAUCGGAGGAGGAGGUGUUCCUGGUAGCCAUCUUGGAUGUGCGGACUGAUUGUUUAAGGAGAAGAAUUGAGUUUUUUUUAAUUCAGAAAAACUAGUCUUCACAUCAGAUUAUCAGAGGUUCAUCGGAGCGUUUGGACUGAGGAAAUCAUUCUUAACCGAGAAAAAUCCAGUGAAAGAAGGCAUGAAGGCAUCAUCUUAGUCAUCAGUCAUGGCCGAUAAAAGGAAACUUCAAGGUGAAAUAGAUCGAUGUCUAAAAAAAGUAGCUGAAGGAGUGGAGCAGUUUGAAGACAUCUGGCAGAAGCUUCACAAUGCUGCUAAUGCCAACCAGAAAGAAAAAUAUGAAGCUGACCUCAAAAAAGAGAUUAAAAAGCUACAGCGUCUUCGAGACCAGAUCAAGACGUGGGUGGCAUCCAACGAGAUCAAAGACAAAAGGCAGCUAGUAGAGAACCGCAAACUCAUCGAGACGCAAAUGGAGCGGUUCAAAAUCGUAGAACGAGAAACGAAGACGAAGGCGUACUCGAAAGAAGGGCUCGGCCUCGCCCAGAAGGUUGAUCCAGCCCAGAAGGAGAAGGAGGAGGUCGGCACGUGGCUGACGAACACGAUAGACACGCUGAACAUGCAAGUGGACAUGUUUGAAAGCGAAGUGGAGUCGCUGUCGGUCCAGACAAGGAAAAAGAAAGGAGACAAGGAGAAGCAGGACCGGAUCGAAGAGCUGAAGAAGUUCAUCGAGAAGCAUCGGUACCACAUCCGUAUGCUGGAGACGAUACUGAGGAUGCUGGACAACGACUCGGUCCAGGUGGAUGCCAUCCGGAAGAUCAAGGAUGAUGUUGAGUACUACAUAGACUCAUCGCAGGAUCCAGACUUUGAGGAGAAUGAGUUCCUGUAUGACGACCUGGAUCUGGAUGACAUUACUCAGUCUUUGGUCGCCACAUCCCCACCGGGCCACUCGCACUUAGAAGACGAGAUCUUCCAGAACUCCAGCAGCACCCCCACCUCCACCACCUCGUCCUCACCCAUUCCUCCGUCACCCGCCGCUUUCACUACAGAAAACUCAGAAGACGACAAGAAGAGAGGACGGUCAACAGACAGUGAAGUUAGUCAGUCGCCUGUAAAGAACGGAAACCCCUCCUCUUCGUUAUCUUCCUCCUCCUCCUCGUCCUCUUCGUCCUCCUCUUCUUCGGCCUCGGGGCCGACUUCAUCCUCAUUGGUGUCCGUCGCUGGAGGAGUAGGAGGAGGAGGUGGGAGCAGCGGUCACCACAGCAGCUCAGGGGGUCUCCUCUCCAACUCUUCGUCAGGCAGCUACAGCAACGCCACCCAGCAGCCCCCCCACCCGUCAACACAGCAGCAGGCCAAAAACUCCGCUCCCACCUCCAACUCCAGCACCUCCAGCAACAGCCACUGUGCCCCGUCAGCCUCCUCCCCCCCCAGCACGUGCACACUGGGGUCCCUCGCGUCAAACUCCCAGACUCCACCUGGGCCCACGCUGACCUCCAACACCCUGGGCCUCAGUCUGGGGCUCUCGUUGGGGAAAGGCAGCUCGGUCACCUCUGGUUCGGCGGCUGGGGGCCUCGGCCUGACAGGGAUGCCGGCAUCCCUUGGCAGCAUUGGGGGUCUCCUGUCCAGCUCCACCCCUGCCCCGUACGCUCAGGCGGCAGCCUCAGGCACCGGCAGCUCUUUACCGGGAUCUCUGGGGGGUGUCAGCGCCUCCUUAACCCAAAGCGGGGUCGGUGCAGUUGGCAGUGGGAGCAUUGCAGUCGGCGGGCCGACAUCCUCCUCGGGGGGGCUACUAGGCACAUCGCCAGGACCGGGCAGCAUCGGCUCCGGGAUUCUGGGUUUGGGUUCUGCUCAGUCGGGAACGCAGGGCUCUUCUUUGAUGUCACCAAACUCCAUGGGUGGUCUAGUUCCUGGAAGUGGCGUGGGAGUCAUCGGGAGCAACAGCGGCUCGGGAUCGACAGGAAGCGUGGGGGGAAGUUCGCCGCUUGCUGUCCGACCACCAAGCCAGCAGAAGCAGAACGGUAGCACCAGUUACAGUGCUGUGGUGGCAGACAGCACAACAGACUCCGCCCUCAACAGUGCCAGCCAAUCACAAAGCAGCCAGCCCUCAUCUCUGACCUCCACGACGACGCAGCCGAAAGACACUGGGCCCAGUUUACUGGGCUCGAUGAGUUUGUCGUCCACCUCUCCGUCGCCGGCGUCUUACGAGGCAAAAUCAUCGAGCAGCAGCAGCAGCAGCCUGCUGAACGGACCGCUGUCGUACUCGCAGUCGUCUGACAGCAUCAAGCCCCAGGAGUCUCUGAGCAGCCUGAAGUCCAUGGCUGAGCGAGCGGCCCACAGUUCAGGGAUCGAGGGAGACAUGGCCUCCCUGCACCUUACUCCAGACAUCUUCUCCAGCAGCACUACAGCGCCCCCCGGCGCCCCGUCAGCACCUCAGUCCUCCCUGUCAGAGGUCAGCAUCCCCCCAUCCUUGGGGGUGUGCCCACUGGGACCAGCCCCCCUGUCCAAAGACCAGCUCUACCAACAGCCCAUGCAGGAGGCGGCGUGGACGCACAUGCCCCACCCAUCCGACUCCGAAAGAAUCAGGCAGUACCUGAUGAGGAACCCCUGCCCCACUCUGCCUUUCCACCACCAGGUUCCACCCCCACACUCUGACACUCUAGAGUUUUACCAGAGGCUCUCGACAGAAACACUCUUCUUCAUCUUUUACUACCUGGAGGGCACCAAGGCCCAGUAUCUGGCAGCCAAAGCUCUGAAGAAGCAGUCAUGGAGGUUCCACACCAAGUACAUGAUGUGGUUUCAGCGGCACGAGGAGCCCAAGACCAUCACCGACGAGUUUGAACAGGGAACCUACAUUUAUUUCGACUAUGAGAAGUGGGGCCAGCGGAAGAAGGAGGGAUUCACGUUCGAGUACAGGUACCUGGAAGACCGAGACCUCCAGUGAGCCGCAGUCACAAGCGGGACGUUCAGACACGAGGAAAGCCGACUCCGCCUCCCGACAUUCCUGGACUUUUUAGAGGGCGCGAGGGGGGAGGAUGAUGGUUUACAGUGGCACAAUUGAACCCCCCCUUCCACUUCCUCUGACCCUGCCGUAUCACCCUUCCUUCGUCAUCAUCAUCGUUUGCUUCAAACCCCGUCGUUUCCUUUGCUUCUUGAGGACCAAAGAAUCAACAGAAGCGUCUCGUCUGCGUUCACACCGACGAAGAGCACCGAGCUCGGCCACAGCUCUCUCAGGACACCUAAAUGCUAACCGCUGUCAGAACUAAAGACUCCUCAAAGCCAAGAGUUUCUUCCUAAUUCCAUUGUCUGCAAAAAGUUUGAAUCCAGCGUGGAAACUUCUAGAAGCUGGGUGAAGUCCUGUGUGAAGGCAGCCUCCAGCCCAACAGAAAAGAAGAAGUGACGCUUGGCUGUUUUUACUUUCCAAGUCGCUUCAAGGACACCUGCUGGCUUUGCUCCCAAACACAGAAGUACUUCCACACAAGCUCCUGCACCCUAUCAACUCGUGCUCUUCAUCCAUCCUCCUCCUCCUCCUUUGUGCACAAACACCAGCACUGCCGCCCAGCCCUCCUCCUCCUCCUCCUCCUCCUCCUUGCUUCUGCAGCAACCCACAGUGAGACACAAACAGCUGAAACCCCCCCGUCUUCUCACGCCAGGUAGAUGUUUCCUUUUUUUCUCAGGAAGUAUUCAAAGACCGUCUUUUUUGAGGUAAUGCGUCCCGCGGCACAACAACCAAACCAUGAUUCAGCAGUUUUUAACUGUUUUUCUUUCCAGCAGUUUUAGGUUUUGUCUCUUUCCGCCACAGCGGCUGUUUAAAUUUCACAGAUUUUUUUGUUUUUUUUAGACAAAUAAAAAAAUUACUACAAAUAUCCUCCAAUGUUUGGAGCAGCUCCUGGAUGAGACCAUCUUUAUAUUUUGUAUUUGUCAUGUUAGAUUGUUUUUUUUUUUUCCAGAAAAUGAUUUUAAGAUCCAGAGAACUCAAUUUUUUUUUUUUUUUAAAGAUCAGUGAAAUCUCAUCCGGAGUGUUUUUAAAGCCAAACUGCAGGACGGACUCACAACUCGACACUGUAUUCACUUGACUGACAGUCCUGCCUCUAAGCUGUUUGUUUACAGAUUUUUGACUAGAGGCCGGGACAAGAGCGUCCAGCGACUCCCAAAAAGAGUGAACCUCUGACUCUUUGUCAAAAGUGUUGGAACACACGUCAUUCUUCAAACCUCUCCUGUUUGUUUCCUUUAUUUUUUCCCCCCUGUUUGUUGUCGCCAGACAGCACAGAAGAGUGAGGCUGAAAAAAAAAGACAUAACGUGAAUAAAGGAUUGUAAAAUAUUAAUAAAAUAAUUACUUUUCAGAAAAA